UGCUCAAGUCUCCCAACUUCUAGACCCUGUUUGCGAGUGUGUUGUUUGUUGGUGUUUGGUUCUGCCUCCCGCUUUGCAUCGUUGUACUCUCACUCCCAACCCUCCUCUACCACCGACCCCCCUCGGCAUUGCUGUGUUGUUGCUUUGUCACCAGUCCCCUUCCCAUCUCUCCUUCACUUCUUUCCACGAAAUCAUCGUCGCUUUACGGAAGCCUGCCCUGCCUCUCCCCCCCCCCCCCCGCUUUUUCUCAGGUUCAUGUCAUCACUUACACCGAGGAAUAUGUGUUCGUCUCGUUUCGGUGUGUGGAGGACAGGAGUGGAACUUGGGAGAGAGAUACAGUGAGGGCUGUGUAGGGUUUGGUGAUUUCUUGGUUGUUACUGGCGUGCUUGGGGUAGGUUUGAGUGAGGUUAGUUUGCUAUCGAGAGACAGAGAAAGACAGGGAUGUUGCUUUCCUUUGCUGAGUGUGUCAGAUUGUAAGGAAGGAUGGAUGUCUGAGUGAGGAGCUUUUGGCGUUUAAUAGCCGUGAAUUUUUUUUAAUUUUAUGUAGAGUUUGGUGGUCGUUGGGCGGGUGAGCUCGAUGCUAGGUCGGUAGACCGUCCCUUGUGUGCAGAGUUAGGGAGAUUGCGUUGAGAAGAGUUGUCUUUUUAUUUAUUUAGUCUCCUAAGCCGUUUCCUUCUUCUUUCUUUCUUUUCCCUUUCUUUUCCCCCCCGGUUCCUCCCUUAUUUUUUCCUUUUUCUUGGAGACUGGAGGAGAAAGAGGUCAGGUUUUCAAAGACUCAGGGGUUUUGAGGGUUUGAGAAAGGAGUACUAAUGACAGACUUUGAUGAGACCCAAGGUGAUUCGAAGGUGCACUGUGAAGCAGAUUCCGAAGCAGAUCAUCCUUCUGAUUGUUACUCGUCAGAAUCUGGUGAUGAGACCGAUGCUGAAGUGCCAGACGUGACAGAUCCUUUGGCUUGUGGCUCUAAUCUACUGCAAGGCGCAGGAAAUGGAAAGAGAUUUCCAAAGUUGACAUCGGUUGUUGGAAACAACAGUAGUGUUGCAAACAGUAGCAGGAGGGGUUUCAGAGAAGGCGUUGACAUUGGCCGGAACUGGAAACCUGUGAAUUUUGGUGAGCACCAAGGCUUGGAGGGAAUUCUACCAAUGCAGGUCUCUAGUGUGGGUCCUGGUUCGUCUCCGGCUUCUUCGAAGCAGCAGACGGGCACUGACAUGUCAGUGUCACCUCCUUUGGCCAAUGCAGCCGUUGACAAACUCAUGAAAGAUGGCAAUGAAAGCGAUUGUGAUGUUAGGAGAGUGCCCGAGUUGUCUGCAAAGACAGGUGGAGGGGUUGCUGGGUCACACACCCAAGAGAAAGGUCCAACUGGAUCCUCUCAUCGGAAAAGAGGCGGCGCUUCUGCCGAUAAAGAACAUAAGCGCCUGAAAAGGCUGCUUAGAAAUCGUGUUUCAGCUCAGCAAGCUAGAGAAAGGAAAAAAGCAUAUCUUAGUGAGUUGGAGAUCAGAUCGAAGGAAUUGGAACAUCGAAAUGCAGAACUUGAAGAGAGAGUGUCCACCCUUCAAAGAGAAAACCAGAUGUUGCGACAGAUUGUUAAAACCACUGCUUUGAAAAAGACUUAUAGUGGUGGAAACGCUGAGGGAGGUGCACAAUGAUGGGAUAUUCAGGGCACAUUUUUCUGACCGUUUUCUGUUCUUCAAAAUCAAUCAUUUAGUAUAAAAUACUAAUGUAGUUUUUAUUUCAAGUGUGCUCCGUUUCGCCUUGAGUUCUAGGUUAGUUUGGUCGAUUACUCCACGUCAAAAAUCUCUCAGCAUCAUCGUUCACUUCAUUGACUUCUGCUCGUUUGUGGAAUGACUAUUUCUUGGACACCGCUUGUUACCACAAACGCAGUGUCUGUAUUUACGUUCUGGGCGAGCUUUGCAAUCCACAUUGAAUAACAGUUAGCCUUUUGAUGAUCUCUACUAACUGAAAGUUUAUUGAAAAUAGAAGUUACUCUGAUCCUUAGCACACUGAAGAAACUAGAAGUCGAGAUGCCUUUUUUGUAUCUUUUACUUAUAACAUUCUUUUGCCGAUUUCAGGCUGUCCGCCAUGCCGCAUGGUCAUUAAUUUAAACCACCUUUUCUGUGCA